AUGAAAACUUUUGUUACAAAUAAUUCAUCAAUAAUAAUACCUGUUGGAUUUGUUCGGUAUUAUUCAAUUUUUUUUAGUAUUAGAAUGAAUAGUACUACUAUUCAAACUUAUAAUAAUAGUCGUUUAAUUUAUAGAAAUUUAUCAUUUACUACUAAUUUAUGUCAACCAUUAUCACAAUCAUCAUCAUCAUCGACAUCAGUAAAACCGAAAGAUCAUCAAACCAAUUUAAGUUUGGGAAUUUUUCAUCCGAAGAAGAAACGUGUAGAUAAAGAAAUAGUUGACUUAAAACAAUCCGGAUUUUACGAUAUCUCAGGUUAUGGUUUUGCACAGUACACUAAUUUAAAAAUGCUCCACUCUUAUCUUUCCAAAUUUGAUCAUCUGUACAAAUUCCCUACAUUACCAUCGGAAUUAUCAUCAGAAGUAUUGUUAGUCUCUCAAUUAUCUAAAAUAGAUACAAAAAAUAUUAAUCCAUGGGAUGCAUUUAUUUUCAAUAACGGAGUGGCUGUGUUUUGGAAUAUGCCUGAGGAAAAUCAUCAAUUAUUGUUAAAAGAAUUUCGUCAGUUCAGUGAAGGAAUUUUAGAACAGAAUCUAAUUGAACGUGAAGAUUUAAGAUAUUGUUUAACCAAUGAUCAUACCCGUGUUGUCGGCGAAGACAUUUACUUACAUAUUCCAACAUUCGAAGAUGUGUCACGUCACACAGAACAACAAUCGCACAAAGAUCUAACAUUACAAGACCAAUAUCCAAAGGUAGCAUCAACUUCUUUGACUGACGACAAUUCAUUGUUGGAAAAAUUUGCAUUUUCUGAUGCUUUAGCCUUGUCAGUGAAACUCUCUCUAUUAGAGAAUGGAUUCGAUACAGCAGUUGUUGAAAUUGAACCAUGGAUCGAAAAGAUGAAAACAGGUCGUGGUGCUAGAUUCCGUCAAUCUGCAGUUUUACGAAAAACUGGUGAAUUGUACACAAUUAAACAUUUAUUGAAUGUUAGUACUAGUUUAAUUGAAACACCUGAUUUCUAUUGGGAACGACCAAAUGUUGAGAAAUUAUUUGAAAAAUUAAAAUGUAUCCUAAGUGUUUCAUCUAGAGUAAAGGUUUUAAAUUCACGUUUGGAUAUGUGUAAUGAACUAACAUCAAUUCUAACAAAUCAUUUAUCUUCCAUACAUUCAGUACGUUUGGAAUGGAUGGUAAUUAUUUUAAUUUUUGUUGAAGUUAUCUUUGAAGCAGUAAAUUAUUAUGAUAAAACUGGAAAACAUUAA